UAAAAAAUUUAAAACAAUGUCGCGUCACCAGUUACAGUACCGUUGUCGUCGGUUUUGUCGCCACCACUCGCAACUAUCACCACCGCUCCACUAACACACCAAAAAAAUGUGAUCGCUCAACUCAACUCCUCUGCCUAUUUUCAUGGCUGCAGCUGGCGGAUCUUCCAAAUCAACGGCCCAAAAGACUUCCACAAGCCCCAAACCAGCUACGAAACGUAAACCCAGAAAACCCAGAAACCAAAACAAACGUUUGAGCCAACAACUCAUUUCUCUGCUUUCCGCUGCUGCCUCCGCCGCCUACUCUUUCCUUUCCCAUAAUGACCUCCGUCUUCUGCCUUCCCAAUCUCUCUCCAUUGAAUCCCUCCUCUCUUCCCUUCCUUUCUCCCUUUCUCCUUCUCUUUCUCAUUUUCCUUCUUCUCAAUCCUUCUUCCACCGUUUCCUUUCCUCCGCCGCGUCGGACUUUGACCCUCGUUGGUCUGAAUUUUUCCGCAUGUCAAAGCCGACCUUUUGUCAACUCCUUUCUCUCCUGUCUCCAUCUCUUCUUUCUUUCCUUCCUCCUUCAAUUCCUCCUGACUCGGCCAUUGCCGCCACUCUCUUCCGCCUCUCUCACGGAGCGUCGUACGAAUCAGCGGCGCGUAUGUUCGGACUUGACUCGUCAGCCGCCGCCUGCCUUUCCUUUUAUAGUGUUUGUAAAGCUGUGACUGAGAAAUUAGGCGACUUGGUGGAUUUCGGGAGAGAUUUGGAGCAUAUAAUGGCCGGAUUCGGGUGGAUUUCUCUCCCUAAUUGUUGUGGCGUUUUAGGAUUUGGAACAUUUGGGGUUGACAGUGAGAUUUUGGGGAAAAAUGGGACUUUGUUAGUUCAAGCAUUAGUCGAUUCGGAAGGUAGAUUUUUAGAUAUUUCAGCUGGAUGGCCUUGUACAAUGAAACCGGAAUCCAUUUUCCGGCAAACUAAGCUCUAUUCACGUAUUGAAGAAUCCAGAGAGCUAUUAAAGGGGCCUUGUUAUAAUCUAAGCAAUGGAAACUCUAUCCCCCAAUAUAUAUUGGGGGAUUCAAGUUUUCCUCUGUUGAACUGGCUAUUAACUCCUUACAUUAGGCCUAAAGAGGAGGACAGUUUUGGUUCAGCUCAGAGAGAGUUUAAUUCUGCUCAUAGUAGAGCAAUGGGGUUAGUCGCCACCGCGUUUGGGAGAGUUAAAAAAAGGUGGCAGCUUUUGGCGAGGAAAUGGAAAGAAGAGUGUGUUGAAUUUUUCCCUUUUGUAAUUGUAAUGGGCUGUUUGCUGCAUAAUUUUCUAAUAAAAUGCAGUGAGCCGUUGCCGGAGGAGUGUGUUGGAGGGUUUUUACAGGAGGAGGAGCUGCCGGUUUUCCAAGGAGAGGCAGAUGAGAGAGGACAGAGGAUCAGAGAUGCUCUUGCUAUGCACUUGAGUCGGGUAAGCAUUAGAACAUAAAUAAAUAAGCAAAUAAUGUUAAGCAAGCAAGUAGCAGUAGUAGUAGUUGCAGUAGUUUUCUGUAAAUAAAUGGCACUAAUUUCUGCAUUGCAUGCACCUUCUUAUGUAGAAUCAGAAUUUCUGCUCUUAAUUAAUGAAAAUUAGGUCAUUACUGCGGCCCUUCUUUAAA